CGCAUCACACCCGUAUUGAAGCGAGAGGCGAUAGCUUGCCAGCUGCGCGUUCUUGCUUGUGUUUUUCGGAUGUCGUAGUAGAAUUGACGUUUCUUUCAUAGUCUUUUGUGUAAAACAAACAAAUAAAAGCGUUUUUACAUACGCGUGUGAAAAUUUCCCGAUGACAUUGUUUAAACAUUUUGAAUCAAAACAUAUUACCGUUGUGGACGUUUCCAACCGUACCAGUGUGCAUUACUCGGAUUCCCAGUGUAUUUUGUCUCAGUGAAUAAAACCAAGAGUGGUGCUAUUUUGAGUUCCUGUCAGGUACCGUGGACACUAGUGAUCAGUGAUUGUUGUCGUGGCCGGUUUCCGUUGUGGAAACUUUCAUAACGUGCAUAUUUCUGUGGGUAAUGCUUUCCUAGCGAAUGCGAGCCAAGCCUGCACGCAUUCCUCAGGGAAGCAAGUGCCGGCAAUAAGUAUUUUACGGGAAGCAGGAGGCGUGGGUGGCGGGGCCGGCAGCGGCGGGCUGCUGGCCAUGAACGCCACCCAGGUGCAGUGCGAGCCACACGACUCGGUCGUACUUAUAAAAUAUGAACAUCGAUCAGCGGGCGGCAGCUGGGAGGAGCCGGUGAGCGCUGUUAGGAACGCUCCUUUGAGACGCUCCCAACGGCUCAACUCCACGCUGGACUCAAGAAGCACUGGACAGCUUCGGAAUACGCUGAGCCGCGCUCGUGAGUUGUGCGAGCGAUGGCGCAGUGGAAGCAGCGCGCCUUCGCCGCCCACGCCCGCCCCGGACGACGAAGGCGGAGGGCGGCUGGCGCGAUGGUUCAGCGUACGACGGGGUUCUACACACCAAUAUGAUAUGCACACACAUGAGACAGAUAAAAUGCCCAAGUUGCCAGAGCUCGAGGAGGAUAUGUUCUCAUGCGGGGGCGAACUGCGCGGCGGUCGGACACCGCCACCUACCCUGGGUCCACCUCCGGAUUCCCUGACACCAGUGCAGCUCCGACGGCGUCACGUGGUAGCUGCUAUUAUACACAGCGAGAAUUCGUAUGUCGCCACACUUCAGAGACUUAUCAUUGACUACAAGAAACCAUUAGAGGAGAGCAGUCCAGCGAUUCUAAAUGCGAGCAAAAUACAGACACUCUUUCACCGGCUUCCGGAUAUCCUGCAAUGUCAUUUACACUUCCGGACAGCACUUGCCGAUUGCGCGCGGACAUGGGACCGCGAUGAAAAGAUAGGCGAGGUCUUCUUGAACGCGUUCUCAAAGGCAGUAGUGCUUGACGUUUAUUCAGACUUUAUAAACAACUUCUCCGUCGCUAUGGAGUUGGCAAAAAUGGAGUCGAAGAGGAAAUCCGCUCUGGCUGACUUCUUCAAAGUGAAGCAGAUCAGCGCACACGAUAGACUCUCCUUCUUUGGGCUCAUGGUGAAACCGGUGCAGCGGUUUCCGCAGUUCAUCAUGUUUUUACAGGAUCUCCUAAAACACACACCUCCCGGUCAUGUAGACCGUGUAGCGCUACAACGCGCUUUGACGAGGCUCGAAGCGAUGGCCGACGCCCUCAAUGAGAGGAAACGGGAGGCUGAGAGGACUCAGGCCUUUCGCGGUGCCCUCCGUCGCUUGACUCGCGGCGGUGUAGGGGCAGGUGGCGCUGGAGGCGCGGCCAGAUUUGGGGCAGCGCGACUCCUCGCCUCGAGAGCCGAUAAGCGACAUCUGCUACGGCAGGACGAUCUCUUACAACUGGAAUUCAAUCAGUCGGGAACAUUGACGAAAUGCAAGCCGCGUCGCUUGCUUUUACUCAACGAUCUGGUUGUUUGCGUGUCUGUGGGCGCUGGGGGAGAGGAAACGGAGAGACUUGGCCUCAAAUGGGCGCACCCUGUGCAGGACGUCGAAGUACUCGAUACGGGGACGUCGCCCACCCUCAGUCGAGUACUUGCUCAGGGCAUGAAUCGUAGCGGGAGUCUGCGUUCCAACUCCAGCAGCGGGACUAACGCCGGCGACUCGCUCUGCAAUGAGAUGUCGGCGUUGAUGCACGACUACGAGACCGUAUCGAGGAUGGCCGAUCUCGCUGCAUCACUGAAGACGCCGUAUGCUGAAGUUGCACCUGAAAUGUUUAGGACGCUCCUGCAGAAUAUACAGCAGAGUAUACAGAAAAAAGAUGAUGAGAUGGCCUGGGUGGAUUCCUGCUGCCUCCAACUCACAAUCAGAGGUCGCGAGGAGCCAAUCACAUUCAGGGCCAACGAACCAGGGGCGAGGCGAGCUUGGGCGACUGAGUUGAGGUUGGCCCAGCUUGCGCAAGCGCGGGCCAACUGUCCAGCUUGGAGAUUGCCGGCCAGUACCACCCCGCCUCAUAAGAUGCCCUUGUAUGUGACAGCUGCGCCUGUUUACUCUUCGAAUUCUCUUACCGAGGUGAAAUGUGGCUGUUUCUACUCUAGUACGGGCUGCAGUAAUGGUGGAACUCGUCGCCGAGCUAGAUCUCUUCUGUGGGUCUGCGCAGGCGGCGGGAGUGACAGUCACGUUGCCGUGCUGACCCAUCGGGCUGCUACGCUCAAAACGCUUGUCACGCUCGAUCUGCCAGAUAUUAGGGUAUCAUCAAUAGAAUACGCAAAAGGAGUGAGGCAAGUGACCACACUGUGCGGCGACACAGUCUGGCUCGGCACUGAGGACAAGAAAAUCAUCAUAUUCUCGGGUGUCGAACCCGAGAAGCAGGAGAAACUGAACGAGGUUCCCACGGUAGCGGCAGUCACGCAGAUCCGGUACCACUGCGAUUCGAUGUUCGUGGGUCUUUCAAAUGGAAGAAUAUCAGUGUUCAGAAGGAACCACGACGACUCCUGGGCGUUGCAAGAACCGAUCGCAAUAGAGCUCGGAGACCAACCGGUUCACUGCAUUCUACCAGUCGAUGGCAUCAUCUACGCGACCUGCGCCAAACGGGUCUUCGCCAUCAACGCCCUGACAGCUGAAAUCAUGCGCAUCAUAGAGCUCAAAGGGGAAGGAGAUCGCUCGGUCAAGUAUUUGGCACAUUCCGGAGUCGGUCUUUGGGCGGCUUUCUCAGAUUCCACAUACGUCAGCUUAUACCACACGGAGACUCUGGAACAUCUGCAGAAUAUAGACAUAGCCGCCGAUGUGGCCAAAACUAUCGGAGCAAGAGAAGGCAGCAAACCGGCUCAUGUGUCUUCCCUUUUGGCGGUUCAAGGUCUCCUAUGGGUCGGAACCACCGCUGGUGUCAGCGUCACAGUGCCUCUACCAAAGUUAGAAGGUCUACCCUUAAUCGGUGGCCACACCGCCGUCUCCUACCACGCCCACGCCGGUCCAGUUACAUUCCUGCUCGCGCUGAACCCGGAUGCAAAAGACGUUGACGUCAACGUCGUCAGACGAAACCUGUCGAAUGCUCGCGCUCUAGCCGACACCGUCCACGAGUUCAAAGAAGAAGAGGAGAAGCACAAACUUGAACGGCGUAUCUCCGAAGAAAUGAGCCCGUAUAGGCCGCAACGCGUCCAAUCCGCUGUGAUAAGAAGGAAGAAACCGGGCGACGUACGUCUGAGCAAAACUCUGCCAAAGUGCGCGAAUCUCAAUGCGUGUGAUGUGUACGGACUUUUCGGUGAUUUAAUGUUUGUGAAGGACUGUGUGGGUGAAUCUGACGUUAGCGGUUCUGGUGGGGAGACUUUACGACGGAGUGAUCCUGAAUUGGCGGCGAUUCCAUUCCGCGUCAGUACCUUGGACAGGCGGCUGCGAAUGAGGGCGGGUAGACCGAGGAGUUUGGACUUAUCCAGCUGGUCCGUUGACUCGCGGGCUUCAAGCCUAUGCACGUCGUCCGGAAGUGAGGAAUCAAUGGCUCUACGGGGUGUGUCUCGAACUAGUUCUGGCGCAUCCGGGGCAGCUAGCUUAGUGCCGUUGGCUGUGUCCACUCCGGACUCGGGAAAAUCGAGCGCCUCAGAACGGUCAAUUUCUAGAAGCGAUUCGGCGAAUCAGCCUGAGCUGAGAGCGAAGAAACCGGAAAGGAACGCCGUGAGGAGUUUACGUGGGACGGAUUACAUCGUGGAGAACAGCAGAAGAUCGAUAGUGACAAUUAUGGGUGGGAGAGGCUAUGUUGACUGGAGGCAAACAGCUGAUGCAGCAGAACGGCCAGUGCCGGCCGCGGAUCCUAAUCCCAAAGAUGCUCAUCUUAUUAUGUGGGAAAUGCGCUUGUAAUAAUGAACACCAUUUAUAAACUUCAUUCACGUAGAAAGCGUUCACCGAUGACUCGUUUGAAUGUAUAGGGUGUUCAAAAAAGAAAUUUUGACCUUACAAGUUAUUUUUGAUAAUAACAUGGAGAUGGAAUGUAAAUAAAUGGUUAAUGUAGAUAAAUGUAAAUAUACUUCAUUUCACAGACUGUAACGGCUGGCCUUACACACGAACAGUUAAAUUAACCGUUGAAAAGUCAGUGAAAAGAGGAUUCGAAUGAUUUUUUGUUUCCGCUAAUUUUGAGUCGUUCCAUACAUUUGUGUUAUUAAAUGAAAUAUAUGAAAUGACUCGAAUAAAUAUUUUCUCGGCUUAAAGGUUUGAUAACGCCUCUGCGAUUAGCUUUAAAUUAUUUUUCGAUAUUAUUUAAGUCUAAUUAAUUGGUGCAGUUAGUUGUGAUGGACUUAGCGAUAAUCAUGUCACUUACAUAUAUCAGUUGGGGUCUAUUCUCGCGAUUUAAGAUAAUCGUAGGAUAUUUGUCUUAACAAAAUUUGAUUUUGUAUACAAUUGAAUUUAAUAUAAUUGAGAAUGAAGUGGGGAAUUUUUAACACCAUCUGGCAACACUGAGAAUUUAUAAAGGAACUGCAUUUAUGGAAACAACUUUAAAAAAAUCACCACUUUAUCUUGUUCUGUGGAAUGUUUAUGGGUAUUUUUUUUUUAAUGAUAAUCUUUCAAAUUGUAGUGAUUAUUGUCAUGAAUUUGAAUUUUCAUUGGUUCGAUUCCCGGGUGGUGUUAAAAAAUUCCGCCUUAUGUUUAAAUCCAAAUCGUUGCAACCGCCAUAUUAACAUAGAUUAUUUACUGUUAU